AUGAGCACGACUACAGGCAUAAGACCAGAUGAGUCUAUGGCACUGAAGGAGUUCGGUGGUCAAUCCUCCGGCUCAGAAGAAUCCCAACCUUUGCCCGACAAGCCUUUCUCAGUCUUCUCAUCGACGUCAAAAUGCUUGAUUGUGUUUAUGGGGUCAAUCGUUAGUUUACUGUCGCCUAUCUCCUCCAACAUUUAUUUGACGGCCUUACAUCCGAUCGCUGAAGAUCUCCAUGUCAGCGAUGCCAAGGUUAAUAUAACAAUCACCACAUUUAUGAUCUUCCAAGCCAUUUCACCUGUUUUCAUCGCCACCUCUUCCGACGCAGUUGGCCGCAGACCUGCAUUUUUGCUAUGCCUUAUUCUUUAUAUUACCUCCAAUGUCGGUCUAGCACUACAGACCGAUUAUGCCAGUCUACUUGGUCUCAGAUGUCUGCAGAGUGCGGGGUCCUCUCCAACAAUUGCACUUGCGAGUUCCGUCGCUGCUGAUAUAGCCGCCUCAAAGAACCGGGGUGUUUUCCUUGGAAUUGUAAGCUCUCUCCAAAUUGUCGGGCCUGCACUCUCUCCUGUUUUUGGAGGUCUGCUCACCCAGCACUUCGGCUGGCACGCGAUCUUCUGGUUCCUUGCUUCCCUAACUGUGGUAAUAGCAAUUCCAGUGUUGCUGUUUUUCCCUGAGACUGCACGCAAUGUCGUCCACGAUGGAUCAAUACCUCCACCAUGGUGGGGCAGGAGCGUAAAGCAGAUACUAUCGAAGAACCGCCAUUGGACCUCGGCCGACAAAUCACCAAAUUCCUCGGGCAAAGGGUCACGCCUCACCAACCCAUUGCCCAUUCUGCUCUUCAUCCUCACGGACGUGGAGUCUAUCUUUGUUUUGCUGCUCAUCGCCCAGAGCUACUGUGGCAUCUAUGCCCUCAUGAUAGGCAUCCCGAGUCUGAUGUAUGAGAACUACAGCUACAACAGUGAGCAGACAGGUUAUUUGUUUUUGGCUUGGAGCGCAGGUACUGUCCUGUCUUCAUUCACGAGCGGGCCGAUUCUGGACUGGCUGUAUCGACGAGAGGCGGGGAAGAGAAGAAUGGAUUCAAAGUUGGAUAUACAGGACGUGCCAGACUUUCCGAUUGAGAGGCUGCGGCUCCAGUUUGCCUUGCCUCUUCUGGCUUUGUCUGGGGGGUGUAUGAUCAUUUAUGGCUGGCUUCUCGAGUACAGAUACUCGGUCGUAUUCGUUUAUAUCCUCGAGGUGGUCUUUGGAUAUUGGGCGCAAGCGAUCCAUCAGAUGGGCAUCACACUUCUGAUGGACAUCCACCCGAACUCCACGGCUGCGGCUGCAGCAAGUGCUAAUCUGGUCCGAUGUCUUUUGGGUGCUGGUAUUUCGGCAUGUACGAUUCCACUCAUGCAAAGGAUGGGAACGGGAUGGUUUCACACAUUUGCUGCUUUGGCCUUUGCGCUGGGUGGGAUUCCCCUGGUGUGGUGGUUAAGCAGCCGAGGAGUCCAGCUACGAGAGACGCGACGGGUCAAGGAAGGUACCUAA